GGGACAAAACCUGAAGCAGAAAAUGGCAGAUAGUAAACCUGAAGGAAUUGAGACCCUGGAAAUGGAAAGAAACCUGAAAGAGAAAAAGGUUUCAUGGGCGAAGCUGCGUCGAAUCGACUCUCUCAAUAUGGAGGCUGGAAGAAUUUCCAGGACGCAUGGUCAUGGCUCCAAGGUUGAUUGGAGGACAACGUUCAUUCUUGCAUUCCAGAGCAUUGGGAUUGUGUAUGGAGAUAUUGGAACCUCUCCACUUUAUGUUUAUGCCAGCACUUUCACCGAUGGCAUAAAAAAUAAUGACGAUAUUCUUGGAGUGUUGUCACUCAUCAUCUACACUAUUGUGCUUGUUCCCUUGAUCAAAUAUGUCUUCAUUGUGUUGUGGGCAAAUGACAACGGAGAUGGUGGAACAUUCGCACUCUAUUCCUUAAUAUGCCGAUAUGCAAAGGUGAGUUUAAUUCCAAAUGAUCAACCUGAGGACAGGGAGCUAUCUAAUUACAGACUUGACAAGCCAUCGAGCCAGUUAAAACGUGCUCAGAAAAUUAAAGAUAAGCUUGAGACGAGUACUUAUGCGAAAACCAUUCUUUUCCUUGUCACUAUCCUUGGAACUUCCAUGGUGAUCGGAGAUGGAGUUUUGACUCCUUGCAUUUCAGUCCUUUCCGCUGUCAGUGGGAUCAAGUCUGUUGGCGAUGGUAACACACUUAGUCAAGAUGCCGUUGUGGGGGUUUCUAUAGCAAUCUUGAUAGUGCUGUUCGGUGUUCAAAGACUUGGAACUGAUAAAGUGGGAUCUUCAUUUGCUCCAAUAGUCUUCAUAUGGUUUUCUUUUAUAAGUGGGAUUGGGCUCUACAACUUAAUCAAAUAUGACAUUGGUGUAUUACGUGCUUUCAACCCAAAAUACAUUGUAGAUUACUUCAAAAGAAAUGGUAGCCAUGGAUGGACUUCCCUUGGUGGAGUUGUUCUUGCCAUAACAGGUACUGAAGCAAUGUUUGCUGAUCUAGGUCAUUUCAAUGUCCGAGCAAUUCAAAUGAGUUUCUCUUGCAUUGUGUUUCCUGCACUUCUAACAGCUUAUAUUGGACAAGCGGCUUAUCUCAGAAAAUUUCCAGAAGAUGUGUUGGACACAUUUUAUAAAUCCUGUCCUGAUCCAUUAUACUGGCCAAUGUUUGUGGUGGCUGUCUCUGCGGCUAUUAUUGCCAGCCAAGCUAUGAUUUCUGGAGCAUUUUCAAUUGUCUCUCAAUCGUUGAGUCUGAGUUGUUUCCCCAGAGUUAAAGUUGUUCACACUUCAACCAAGUAUGAGGGACAAGUUUACAUUCCGGAGAUCAACUACGUUCUUAUGAUUGCCUGUGUUAUUGUCACUGCAGGCUUCAAGACCACAGAAAAGAUUGGCAAUGCAUAUGGAAUUGCGGUGGUGGCUGUGAUGGUGAUCACAACAUUUAUGGUUACAUUGAUAAUGCUUGUGAUAUGGAAGACAAGUAUCUGGUUAAUUGCUCUUUUCUUUGUGCUCUUUUUUGCCGUUGAAACUAUUUAUCUGUCAUCUGUUCUCUACAAAUUCACACAAGGUGGAUAUCUUCCACUGGCAUUUUCUUUAGUCCUGAUGAUUAUUAUGGGAACAUGGCAUUAUGUGCACAAACAAAAAUAUGUUUAUGAGCUUAAUAACAAGGUUUCCAGCGGAUACAUCAGAGAUUUGGUUUCAAAUCCAAAUGUAAAUAGAGUUCCUGGAAUGGGAUUUCUAUACUCUGAGCUUGUCCAAGGUGUUCCUCCGAUUUUCCCUCACUUUCUCGCCAACAUUCCUUCCCUCCAUUCGGUUCUCGUCUUCGUUUCUAUCAAGUCCUUUCCAGUUAACAAGGUGGCAUUGGAGGAACGGUUCCUGUUUCGAUACGUUGAACCGAAGGAAUACAAGAUGUUUCGUUGCGUUGUUAGAUAUGGAUAUAAUGAUAAAAUUGAAGAACCUGCUAAGUUUGAGGCUCAAUUGGUGGAUCACUUGAAAGAAUUCAUUCGCCAGGAACAAUGCAUCUUGGAAGCAAGAAAUCCUGAAGCAGUUUCUCUGCCAUUAACCGACCCUCAGCGUUCCACUUUGUUGGUUAAUAAUGAAGGGAGAGUAAAAGGAUCAACAGUUCACAGUGAGGACUCACUUCAACAGGCUGCAGUUUCGCGCGUUUCUUCAGGUUCAAUUCGAUCAUUUAAUGCUGCCAAUUCCGUAAAUUCUUCCAACAGAAUCUCCGGUCCACCUCUCCCGGAAGCUGAAGAGGAGAUGCAGUAUGUUCAGAAAGCAAUGGAGAAAGGAGUGGUGUAUCUUUUGGGAGAAACAGAAGUUACGACUAACGAUAAAUCAUCUUUUAUCAAGAGAAUGGUUGUCAAUUAUGGCUAUGAUUUUCUCAGGAAAAAUUUCAGGGAAAGUGAGAAAAUAUUGGAAAUUCCAAAGAGCAGACUUCUCAAAGUUGGAAUGACUUAUGAAAUCUGACUGAUUUUCCUGAAAUCAAGUGCAGAUUCUGUACAUGCCUGGCUCUGUAACUCCUUGAAAAACCUUUUGUUAAAGAACCGUUUGUGAUGUAGUUUCCAAGGGUAUGCUUUUUUUUUUUUUUUUCUUUUUUUUUUU